UUUAUACUACUAGUAAACUAAUUGUUAUUUGUUUAAUGUUAAGUUACGGCUACGUUUAGUUAGGAUAAAAUGAAAGCCCAAACAAAAAGUGCUCCUCAAAAUGCGACUGCGACUAACAAUCAAAACAGUAGAGAAAAAUGUUAACUAUGUAAAGUAUCACCAAAAUAACAAUAACCAGUUAUACAUCAUUAAAAUAGAUUACCAUGUCCAGUAGAGGUUCUUCACCAUUUGAAGAAUAUCCUCGAAGUUCCAAUAAUCAGUUGGCGAGAAUUAAUACCAAUAGUAAUGAGAUACGAUUGGAAAAUUCUCAAACUAUUACCAAUCUUCAAUUUCAAAUAUCAUCAUUAGUAACUGAAAAAAAAUUGGUGCAACAAGAGCAAGCCAUUGAGGUUAAUAGAUAUGAAGAUAUAAUAAUUAAGAAAAAUGAGAGGUUCAAUAAACUUAAGACUAAUUUCGAUUAUUUGUAUGAAGAGAAAAAACAAUUAGAGUCAAAGAUUGAGAAUCAGAAUCAAAUUCAUAAAGCUGAAGUCAAUAGAUUGAAUCAGAAGAUAAAUGAGUUGAUAGAACAAUCCAAUGAAAAUUUAAAGAAAUUCAAUGAAUUAGAAGCAAGUGAUGGAAGAUUAAAGAGGAAAUAUGAACAAGUUAGUUCUAAUUUGAAUUAUCAAUUGAAUAGUAAUGAUUAUUUGAAUAAAGAAAUAGCACAAUUAAAGAAUGUAACAAAUGAAUUACAACGAGCUAAUGAUGAACUUGUUCAAGAAUUGGAUAAUCAUUCUCAAAGAUUAAAUGAUUCGAAUUCAUUGAAUACAUUAGUAGAGAAUCUUCAGGAUAAGAAUAUUAGUCUUCAAAAUAUAAAUAAUAAAUUACAAACUAGAAUAGAUGAAUUAUUACAACAUAAAACUUCUACAGAAGUACUAAAACAAAAGAAUAUUUCAUUAAAUAAUAAGGUGUCAUUACUUGAAGGUAUAGAAGCUAAAUAUUGUCAAUUAGAAAUUGAAAAAUUAGAAUUACAAUCUAAAUUUGAUGAUUUCUUUAAAGCCAUUAAUGAAUCUAUAGUUGAAGAUUCUACAAAUGAAUCUACAAAUGAAACUAAAGUAAGACAAUUUAUUAAUUUAUUUAAAGAAACUAAAUUUAGUAAUUUAGUUUUGAAAAAUAAGUAUGACGAAUUAAGAAGUGAAAAGGAUCAAAUACAAGCUCAAUAUGAACAAUUAUAUUCAACCAAUGAAGAGAAUCAAUUAAUAAAUUCCGAAUUACAAUCUGAAUUAAAAGUUCGAAAUGAUGUUAUAUCCAAACUCGAAAGAGAAAGAUUAUUAAAUGUUAAGGAAAUAGAAUUCUUAAGAAAUCUGUUAAAGAAAAUGGAUGCUAUUAAUAAUAGGAAACCAGUAAAUGAUCAACAAGAUACAUCAGUCAAAGCUACUGAUGAAUAUUUAACAAAAUUAGAAGUACUAGUGGAUGAAUAUAAAACAGAACUAGAAACUUUAAGAAAAAAGGGUCAAGAUUCACCUUCUAUUGGUCAUAAACGUAUAAAAAUUGAUCAAGAUACCACCACCGAUUUAUCACAGUUCAAAUUAUCUAAUUAUCAAAAUCAAAUCGGAAAGUUAGAAAAGGAAAAUUUUGAUUUAUCUACUAAAAUUAAGGAAUUGGAAAGUGAUGUAGAAAGUUUAAAUAACCAUAUUAAGAAUUUGGAAACUAAUAAAGAGAAAAGAAAUCAAUUACAUAUCUUACAAUUAAAGUCUAAUUUAAUUGCUCAAGAUCAAGUUAUAAAGCAACAAACAUUAGAUUUGUUAAGGAAAGAAAACUCAGAUUUAAUUGAUAAAUUUAUUAAUCAUCUUACUCCAAGUGAACAAAUUCCAAAAUCAAUCUUUGAAAGGCAAGAGAAUGAUAAAACCAUAUUGGAAACCAAUAUAAAUCAAUUGAAUCGUAGAAAUAGUAGACUUAAAGAUGUUUAUGCUAAAAAGAGUAAAGAUAUACUUGCCAUUAUAUCUAAAUACUUUGGAUAUAAUAUAGAAUUCUUACCCAAUCCCAUAAAUCCAAAUGAUUUAUGUUCAAGAAUUAAAUUAAUAUCCAAGAAUAAUCUCAAUAAUGUUGGUAAUUAUAUUAUAAUUGAUAUAGAAUCAAAGAGUCUAAAGGCUUAUGGAGAUUAUGAUUUCAAGACCCUUUGUGAAGAUUUACUGUUAUCAUGGGUUCAUGAUAAAAAUCAUAUACCCUGCUUUCUUAGUGCCUUGAAUUUAAAGCUUUAUGAAUCAGCAAAGAAUUCCUAGAUAUAUAGUUUGUAAAUAUAUAUAUA